AUGGUAUUCGGUCUCUGGACGGCUCACUGGCAACAGCCGGGCAUGACUCAAAUAGAGAUCUCUGGUCUCACGUGCAGACAGGAGACUGUCGGUCUACGUUGGUUUGUGUGA